GCUCUGGUUUGACCCCGGAGAUGCCGAAGAGACGAGACAUUCUGGCCAUCGUGUUGAUCGUGUUGCCUUGGACGCUACUUAUCACUGUUUGGCAUCAGAGUGCCAUCACCCCUCUACUAGCUGCUCGAAAGUGUAAAGAUGACAGACAUGAGAGUCGGCGAGACUCCCGGAACACCUUCACCCUCAAGGAGUCCUGCACCUCAGAGAACAGCAAGGACAUUGUGGAGGUUGUGCGCACCGAGUACGUCUACAGCCGCCAGCCGCCCUGGUCUGAUGUCCUCCCCACCCUCCACGUCGUCACCCCAACCUACAGCCGGCCGGUCCAGAAGGCAGAGCUGACCCGUCUGGCCAACACCUUCCUCCACGUGCCCAACCUGCACUGGAUCCUGGUUGAGGACUCUCAGCGACAAACCCCGCUAGUCACCAGGCUCCUUCAGGAAACAGGCCUGAACUACACCCACCUUAAUGUGGAGACACCCAGGAACUAUAAGCUGCGUGGGGACAUGAGGGACCCCAGGAUACCCCGGGGAACCAUGCAGAGGAACCUGGCUCUGCGCUGGCUUAGAGAGACCUUCAGCCCCAACAACAGCAACAGCCAGCCUGGUAUCGUCUACUUUGCAGACGAUGAUAACACCUAUAGUCUGGAUCUGUUUGAGGAGAUGCGUUCAACAAGGAAGGUGUCUGUGUGGCCUGUAGCCUUUGUGGGCGGCCUGCGGUACGAGUCCCCUAAAGUCAAUACCCUGGGCAAGGUUUACGGCUGGAAGACUGUGUUUGACCCCAACCGACCCUUUGCCAUAGACAUGGCUGGGUUUGCGGUGAACCUCCGCCUCAUUCUCUUUAAGCCUCAGGCCUACUUCAAGCUGCGGGGAGUCAAGGGAGGAUACCAGGAGAGCAGCUUACUGCGGGAGCUGGUCACCCUCAGCGACCUGGAGCCCAAGGCUGCUAAUUGCACUAAGGUACUUGUGUGGCACACUAGGACAGAGAAGCCUGUCCUGGUGAAUGAGGGAAAGAAAGGAUUUACGGACUCCAACGUGGAGAUAUGAAACUUAUUUUGGAGCACAGGUUAUAUAUGGCUGGGAUUCCAAACAGACUGACAAAAGACAAGCUCCAGGCAAGCAGGAUCAGGGUGAAAUAUAUAUUUACUGUAAUACGACUGUAAAGGGAGUCAGACAGCCUUAUUGUCUACUACAAGCAGUACACAGCUACGUAUCAAUACAGGCAUAGAAUAUCAAAGCACAGAUUCAUGGAAGAUGGUGACACUGUAUCUAGCUAAGCGCUUAUCUGAUGCAUCAAUGGAAGACGCCCACAAGGAGCUCGCCAGUCGCCAGAGUGCAACUUAAAACAAAAGACUGUCGGCGGUUCAGACAACAGGAUGGCUUCAUACAGUGGUCAACAGGAAGCGUCCUUAACCCAGCUGACACAAACCAACAUGAUCGUAACCAGGCACUGGACCAAACUGAAUCAAUCAGGGGCCCCGAAUGGCUUUUGUCUGUUGGUGAUUAGGCUCCUUUUGUUGUGGAGCGGACUGUACUUGGGGUGCAGAACAGAGCUGGAUAAAGUAGGUCUUGUCUGACUGGAGUCAGCAUUGACUGACAGACUGAUCUGGAGAGGACAUGAACCCUUCCCACAUCCCAUUGUAAAACACUAAGCUAUUCAGACAGCUCUGCUCCCUCAAACCUAUCACUAAUUAGAACACGUCUCACACACAUACACGUCUGCACACAAACAUCCGCACGCAUACACGCACAGAGUAAUCAGUGUAGGAACAUUGAUUUAGCAUAACCCCCGUACUGUAAUGGCAGCUUUUAUUUGCUGUUGCACAUCUUUUACUGAUCAUAUAACACUACUGAUUUAUAUCAGCACUUUAAGAUCAGGGUCUGUUGUCUGUUACAGUUUCUCAAUCACAUACAAACAUUUUUUUUAACAAUCGAUUUUCAAAACAGAGUUCACAAGACAGAACUCUGUGGCUUUUCGCAAAACAGUAAAUGGUUGCCUUACCAAAAUGUAGUUGACUUCUCAAAAUAUAAAUACAUUAAAUCAAAACUAAAAUUGUACAUUCAAAAUUGCUAAUAAACUCAUCAAAACAACACGACUGCCUGCAAAAAGAUGAACACAACCAUACUUAUCUCGAGUCCAAGUAGACACGAGAAAAAAAUCCCAGUAGAUCAAUACAUUUUCCUUGCAGUUACUAAAUCAUGAUGAUCAAAAUUGUAAGUACAACUAUCCAAAAGUGCAGAAUUAUGUGCAAUUACUCUCCUUUUAUGCAUAUUUCACCAAACAAUUUCAUACACAUUAAAUCAAAUAUAUUCCUGAUAAGAAACAAAAUAAGCACAUUGUGUGCAGGAUUCAUCGGUAUCAUCACAAUCCAAUUCCAUUCCAUAGUCAAUACAUAACUAUGAGCAAACCAGGCUUUGUAGACUCCAUUGGCGCACAGAAACACAAUCCAAAAUAGAAAUAAGGAAAGGUGAAUACAAUGGAAGAAUACAACUGGUAUGAAUGUAUAGGGAGGCCUCAAAGCAAAACCUCUAUAAUGGAAGGUCACAAUUUUGGAGAGGAUAACUUAGGAGUAACCAUAGGCGGAAAUCCCAGGGGGGACAGGGGGGACACGACCCCCCCAUCCUGGGA